AUGACGGAUCCGACCUCGCGAACGCCGACGCUCCCGCGAAAAGUAGUGCCGCCCGCUAGACCGCCGCUGGUCGGGAUAACGCCGAGCCAACCACCAGGCUCCAGGAGGAGUAACGGGGGACAAUUCUGGAAGAGGGUGGUCACCCGCCGCAUCCGGAACACGACGGAGAUGAUCCGCCGCGGACUUGCGGGACCACGACGGCCACCGGAGAACAUCCCGGUGGUGAGCCUCUCGGACGAGGAGAAUGUGCCGCCAAACGCCACCGUUUCCUCCUCCGCCCGGGCUGCCGGGCCCACCAUCAAGUUAAUCGAGGUGUUCCCGCGGCACACGUUCCGGCUCAUCAGGCCUCCGGACGAUGGGGGAAGUUCCGCCAUCUCCGCAGCCGGGGCCGCUGCCCCAGCUGCUCCGCCCGUGAAGGGGAUCGCCGGUACCACCACCGCUCCGACCGCUCCACCCCUCACGCCCGCCACCGAGGGACCGAUCACCGCGGCCGUCCCGCACGCUGUGGCAACCCCUGCCACCCCCGGGCCCGGGAUCACGCAAGAGCCGACACCGCUUCCCCAGGUGGGGGUGGAACAAUGCCGCGGAUGCCCCGCGACCCGUUCUACAUCGCCCGCACCACACCACGGGAGGAAAAAGACGUCGUGGUCGACAGGUGCUUGA